CAUGCCACGAUUUAUAACGUAAUGACUCAAAUAUGGUGUGUGAUGUCCUGCUUUACUCUGCCUUCAACUUGAAAUUUUCCUGAUCGAAAAUGCUGUUCGCUAUUGUUCCCUUGGGGUCGCUGACACCCACCUUGCAUACGUAGGUUCGGUCUUCAUAGUCAUGAUUAUCUCAGGAUGCUGCUCUGCACAUGUACAUGCGAUUUCCAUAUUGCACGUUCACGAUAACACUGCACUGCCUUCAAAUAAGUCAUCGAACAAAACGCCGCCUGCCCUAAUUGGCGACCCUCAAGAGUAGCCAAAUUCUGGUGAGACAUUUCUGCAAUUAUCAAGGCAGUGGAGUGUGCUUCCAGUGGGCCGAAUCAUUUAUAGUUUUCUCAGCUACCUUGCAUAAACGAUGCGGUUACAUGCACUUCCACAAAGGCUCUCAAGCAUGUCUCUUGCUACUGGUGCACGCUGUCAUGAUAGUCGCUGGAGUAAACUUUACCCAGUGUCUCAACGACAUCAUUCAGAGUGCAAAUGCUACCAAAAAUUUAUCUGGUUUACUCGACAGUGACGGACAUCCUGUGUCGAGUGUUGCUAAUGCGACAUCGAUCAGCUACUCGUUGUGCACAUCCCACUGCGGGACUGGACAGGAACCUUUCCAGUGGUCUGUGUUUUCGCAAGAAUUUAGUGCGUGGCUGCUGCCAAAUCUUGCACUGAUUUCGCAGCUUCCCUUUGGGGCACAGUACAGGGUCGACAAUCUCAUGUCUGCUCUGUUAACUGUUGGGUCACCGGCACUUGCUGGUUACUCUCUAUUCAUCACCCUCCUUAAUUCUCGCUGGAUCAACCGCCGAUUUAAUCACUCGGUAGACCAUCCUAAUUCACGUUUCGCGGUCUCCAUCUUGAGCAGCCUUCAGCAAGUCCCACUAAGAUUUCAUCCUGACCGCACACACUUAUACUCCCUCAUUGCCCUUCCGGAAAACGAUUCCUGGUGGAAAUGUCUCGCUGAAUUUGUUGACUACACCCAUACGUGGUCCAUUGCGUCCGCAACCUCCAUUGCAUGGGUCAUUAUCGCCUAUAUCCUGACCGUAGCCAACUCACUAUCGGAUGUUUACGCAGACGUUCAAUCCAAUGGAGAGGCCUCUGGCUCAAUGUGGCUGUGGUUAAUUCCAAUAGUCGUCGGAUGGCUACAGCUCUCCCCGAAAUGCGAUUUCAAUCGCUUACAAGCGGCUUAUGAGCGUGCAGACAAACACGCUUUGCGCACAGGAGCAGCAGAUAUUCGUACAAGAAUGCCACUUGCAUCAUCCCGGAGAGCUUUAGCAAUCACUGCUAAGGAGGAGGAUGUCAUGUCCCCAGACGAAUUCCUCACCCCUCCAAUAUUUAAUUACUCGCGUUCGCUGCGAUGGGCAUCUACAGCAGAGACCAUCUGCCUGGUGUUCAAAGUGGCAUCAGAGAAGGCUCAUAGUCUUCCCUCUGAUCUUGGGAGUGAGCGUGCAGAGUUUGACACUGCCAUCCAGUCUGACACUACCCGAGACACCGACGACCGCGAGUCCUGCCAAGAUCCCAUCAUGUACUGCGCGCAACCCGGCGAGGCUCAGAGCAGCCACUGGGCACCUGGCGUGUUCACAAGAAUGGCUAUCGCUUCCUGCGCUUCGCUUGCAUUACAAUGGGGAACAGUCGGAGCAGCUCUUCUGGUGGGCUGGUUCACUCCUACAACAGAAAUGGGGUGUCGAGCUAUGGGUUAUCUCCUUUACGGAGUCAUAUCGACUUUGAUUUGGAUGAUGCUCUUGAUGUCCAGUAUUCUCGCCCACUACUCCGCAGCUUAUUCCCAUCGGAAAUCAUUAUCUGCACGUGUUGCUCUGGCGUUGUCACACUUCCUGCGAUGGAUGGGCAAACUGUGGGCCGUUAUCAACUUUUUUUUGGUGGUCUUGGCAUGUAUAUUUCAGUAUUCCAACUUCUAUGAUAGAUGUUUCUGUAAUUCCAGCGUAUUUAGCAGGCGAGGCGCAGCGUACACUGUGAUCAUCGAGACUGCAGCCCAAGCUGGACGGGCUAAGACUGCCUGGAUCGUUGCCCUUGUCCUAGCGUGUACAUCAGCAUCAUCCUUCCUUGGUGUCGUGUACCUUUUAUUAGACACUGUUCCGUCGUAGAAGCCACUUCUGUUGAAAGACAUAGUCUCAUGUAGAAGUAAUCACAGCUUUUUCUUGGUAUCCUUCUAAUGCCGUGAUGUUGACGGAGUUGACAUGCAGGCCAUCACUAGGUAAAGCCACACCAUGCAUUCAUACAUGUGUCUAGACCGGAAGUCGUACCAAGCGUUGACUAUUCGGACAUGCAUGAGUGUGUU